GGAACGGUCUAUAGCUUCACUCGACUUUUUUCUUUUUCGCUCGUUUCAGCUGUAGCCUAAUUCACUCGGUCUCCGUCGGUGCUCUCUCUUCCGCGGCUCCCUUCUCUCCGGGGUUCAUAUUGUACGCCAAAUGACUUUUGACCUCAGUUGGGAACUGCCGCUUUCGUUUCUUUGGUAUGAUUUUGGGUUUAUGAACCGUGGGAGGCUGUGGUAUUUUUCUCAAAAGAUCUCUUUUAGGCAUUGGACUUGGCCUGUUUUCUACGCCUCAAUUUUUAUUUGAUCGUUUUCUUUUUUUGGAUUCUUUGCUUUGGUUCUGCUUAAGUGGAAUCACAAUUUUCAUAAUUCACUUCUUGUGAUUUAAAUAAUUUCUUAUUGGAUAUUGGAUCUUCAAAUUCUUAACUUUGGUGAUGGGGAAAAACUCGUUGGCUCCGGGGUUUCGAUUUCACCCCACUGAUGUGGAGCUCCUUAAAUAUUAUCUCAAACGGAAAAUAUUGGGCAAGAAGCUUUCUUUCAAAGUAAUUGCUGAAGUGGAUAUUUAUAAACAUGCUCCAUGGGACUUACCAGAUAUGUCGAUUUUGAAGACUGGGGAUCUUAAAUGGUUUUUCUACUGUCCAAUUGAGAAGAAAUAUGCAAGAGGGGCUAGGUUGAAUCGUGCUACUGUAUAUGGGUAUUGGAAAAUCACUGGAAAGGAAAGACCUGUUAAGUACAAUGAGGGAGUUGUGGGGAUGAUAAAAACAUUGGUUUUUCACCAAGGUAAAGCUCCGUGCUGGGAAAGAACAGAUUGGGUAAUGCAUGAAUACAGACUUGAGGAAAAAGAUUUGACUGACAGAGGGGUUAUUCAGGAUACAUAUGUGCUUUGUGUUGUUUUCAAGAAGGAUGGUAUGGGCCCAAGAAAUGGUGCCCAGUAUGGAGCACCAUUUAAGGAGGAGGAUUGGAGUGAUGAUGAGGAUGCAAAUUUGCCUAUUACUGGCUCUUUUUCCGGUAUGCCUACAAUAGUCGUUGGUGGUGCUAGUAGCUCAUGUGUCCCUGAGAGCCUAUGUGCUGUACCAUCUGUUGAAUCAAGUGGGUUGUACAUUCAACCUCUGGAGGUUCAUACUAAUGCUUCUGUUAAUGUUACAGCUGAUAUUGAUAGUAAUGCUUGUGCUUCCCCUAAAUCCGUGGAUGCUCCUCAAGUUCCAGUGGUUGUUGAUGCUAGGGCUGUUCCUGCAUUGAUGGAGGCUUCUCAACUUGCUAAGGGUCCUCAAAUACAAGAAUCAAAUGAUAACAUUUUAUCAAUGUUGGAGAUCUUCACUGAAGAUGAUGCAUUCAUUAGAUAUGACAGAGAUCCAAUGACUGGUAUUGCUAAUGAUUCUUUCUUCAAGGCUCCUCAAGUUUCUGAUGAUGAUGAUGAUAUUUUAUCCUUGUUGGCAUCCUUCACGGAAGACAACAAUUUGAACAAUGUGUUGUAUCCAUUUGAAUAAGACGUCACAAAAUAUAUAUCCUUUUAACUAUUGAAAGUGAAAUAGCUAGUUUGCAUUUAGGCAAUGUUUUUAGAUGAGUUAUUGUAUUACUGGGAACAAGUUUUUAAAUUGUGUUGCUGCUGUUUGGUUCACCACUGUUCUUAGCAAGUGUUUAGUUUGAGAUAGAAGUUGUAACAACUACCUUUGGGAUUUGGGUUUGAUUAUCAUCUUAUGCUUUUAUAAUUGCUUUAUGGAAUUUCAGUUUGAACAUGCAAUGUUUGGUGGCCUUGACUGAUAGAUAUGCGGUACAUCUGUCGAAUUAAUAGUUCACAAUGGCUGUGUGCAAAUGUGUUUUUAAGGUUUGGAGAUUUUCCUGCAUGCAAUAUUGUGCAUGUUUUUAGCUGCUUCGGCCUUUAUUUGUAUUUGGAUCAUAGGAAUCGUAAGAAUGCGUGACAUUUUGUAUUUAUAACCAUCAAUACUGACGGAUGAACUAUUUCAUUCCAAAUUUAUUGCUGCUCUGUUCAGUAGAUCACAUCAGUAGCUACUAGUAGUAUAACUUAUUCUAGUCUCUUUCUUUUACGGGUUUUGAGAAAAAAAUAAUACUCACCAAAAUCCCCUCCAUGC